UGCAUGCGUAAAACUUUGCACCUAUUGACGCUCCGCGGUUCACGACGGAUGAAGACAGCGGAGAGUGGACAUGUCAAAGAGACGCUGAUGUAAAAGAGACAGCCACGGUAGUGGCGCGGGGACGUCUGCUAUUAGAGAAUGCCACUGCAAUCAAAUGUCACGCGUGCAUUAGCUCAUAGCAGUAAACACGUUUUUGUGCCGCUUGUUAUGUGUCUAGUUUUUAACCUUGAAUCAUAAUUUUGGGCCUAUAUUCAGCUCCCGCGAUUAAUUAGAAAAUGCCUCUUGUACAGAAUCAACAAGCCGGAAUAAUUUUGACAGAAACUCCUAUAGGAUCAUUCAAACAGAGGAAACGGAAGUCCAUCAUGGUCGCUAUGAUGUUGCUCAUUGUGUCUGUACUCAUCCUUAUCUUUGGACUGGCAGCCACCACCAGGACACAGAACAUCACCGUCGGUGGCUACUACCCUGGAGUCAUUCUGGGCUUUGGCUCCUUUCUGGGAAUCAUUGGAGCCCAUUUGAUAGAAAACAAGAGGCAGAUGCUGGUGGCGUCCAUUGUGUUCAUCAGUUUUGGUGUGGUGGCUGCAUUCUGCUGUGCCAUUGUGGAUGGGGUGUUUGCAGCAAGACACAUAGACCUUAGACCUUACUAUGCCGGCCGCUGUGAUUUCUACGCCAAUUCAAAAUCCUCUGUGGAUUAUGAGGACGUUCACUGCCAGACAGCGUCCCGCGCAACCUGUAGCCUACGUGUGAAGUCCAAUACCUGCUACUGCUGUGACCUCUACAACUGUGGCAAAGAACAUCCUCUUUUGGGACAUGCGAAUAAAGAUGUUUUGAAAAAGUUUAGGAAAACGUCCAUGAUUUGGAACCGUGUGGAGCUGAUAGGGGGCUACCACGAGUACACGGAGGUGGGGAGCUGCGAGGACGUGGUACACCUCUACCAUCUGCUGUGGUCCGUCACCAUCCUCAACAUCGUCGCUCUCUUCCUGGGCAUCAUCACCGCCGCCGUGCUAGGAGGCUUCAAGGACAUGACGCCCAUGCUGACCACUGACUCGUGUGAGUCAGAGCCCCUCCCAGCAGCCCCUGUCCCCACAGAGCUUCCAGCUCCCAGCACCUCCUCCUUCAACUGCUACUACAACACUGCCCCCUACCUGCCACCCUACACUGCCUAUGACCUGCAGGGCUCCAGCAUGAUGUUCCCUGACUCUUCUGGCCUGUCUGAUGAGUCCCAGUCGGGGGCCAGCCACAUGUGGCCCACCCUGGUCCCCCCGUGCUACUCUCCACCUUACUGCCCCCCCGACGAGAAGCCCCCGCCAUACAGCCCCUAGGAGAGAGGCUGGACCUGGGAAAGAACAGGGGAGGGCAUCCGGUAUCGUCUCCACUUUUGCCAGCUACAUUGGCAACAAAGGGCAAUGGGCAUUGAUAGGUGUUAGUGGACCUUGAAUAUUAACCUGUUUGAAUGCGAGCUGCUGCUGCAUCUAGCGCUCCAAACUGUUCCUGAGCAGCCAAGCCUGCCUGAGCUGUGUGGAAUAUAAAGAUACAAGGAGUUAGUGGAAGAAAGAAAGAGCAUGAGUCACUGAUGUGACUAGAAGCCAGUGCUGUGAGGUAUAAUUCAUCCCCCAAUAAGUAUAGCCUGUUAGGAUUCAGCCCGACCUGGAUGGAGCGGGGGAUAUUGCAAGACCCUGCUUGGCCUACACACCCUUUGCUCAGCAGACUCUCUCAGUUGGUGCCAGUUUGCUCCCUACUUCUUCCCCUUGGUCCUAACUCUUCCAUGUUUUGCAUUUCUGAGGGGUCUGGAUAACUAUAAGCAGUGUAGUGGGUAGCCUACAUCCUAUUGUUUAUACCUUACAGAUCUGCAAACAUCAAAUGGUUAUUUGAUUUAAUUUCAUUAGGAUCCCCAUCUAGUCUUCCUGAGGUCCAACACAUAACGAAAAAAAGACAUCACAGACAAAAAUACUCUAAUUUACAUACCUUUAAAAAUAGUAACACUAGCUAGGUUUCCAUCCAAUUGAGGACAGAUUUUCAUGCAAAUAUUCUAGGAUCUGCAUAAAGAAAAUAUG